UGGUUUCCGGUGUGCCUGCCAUGGCGGUCCCUGACUCUCUGACGCUUUUCACGGGCCUCGGCCUGAGCGAACACAAGGCUCGAGAGACACUCAAGAACACGGCUCUGAGCACGCAGCUGCGGGAGGCGGCGACCCAGGCGCAGCAGACUUUGGGCUCUACCAUCGACAAGGCUACCGGGACUCUACUGUACGGUUUGGCUUCCCGUCUCAAGGAUACGCAGCGCCUUUCUUUUCUCGUGAACUACAUAGCCAGUAAGAAGAUCCACACAGAACUGCAGCUGAGCGCUGCCCUGGAGUAUGUUAGAAGUCAUCCUCUGGACCCCAUCGACACUGUGGACUUUGAGCAGGAAUGUGGUGUGGGUGUCAUAGUGACCCCAGAGCAGAUUGAAGAGGCUGUGGAGGUCACCAUAAAUAGGCACCGGCCCCAGCUCCUAGCAGAGCGUUAUCGGUUCAACAUGGGGUUGCUGAUGGGAGAGGCCCGGGCUGCGCUCAAGUGGGCAGAUGGCAAAAUGAUCAAGAAUGAAGUAGACAUGCAGGUCCUCCACCUUUUAGGUCCCAAGAUGGAGGCUGAUUUGGAGAAGAAACCCAAGGUGGCAAAAACAAAGCCAGAAGAAACAGACCGGAGGAAAGCAAAAGAUACGGAGAACGGAGAUGCUGUCGGCCAGACCCUGUCUCUGAUGGAACAGCUCCGAGGGGAGGCCCUUAAGUUCCACAAGCCUGGCGAGAACUACAAGACUCCAGGUUAUGUGACCACCCCACAUACCAUGGAUCUACUGAAGCAGCACCUGGAGAUCACUGGAGGGCAGGUACGGACUCGGUUUCCCCCAGAACCCAAUGGAAUCCUGCACAUUGGACAUGCCAAAGCUAUCAAUUUCAACUUUGGUUAUGCUAAGGUGAGUUUUCCAGGAUGCUGGGACUGGGAUGAUCCCCGGCUCUUCACACUCACAGCGCUGCGGCGGCGUGGCUUUCCACCCGAGGCCAUCAACAACUUCUGUGCCCGAGUGGGGGUGACAGUGGCUCAGACCACAAUGGAGCCACAUCUUCUGGAAGCCUGUGUGCGUGACGUGCUCAAUGACACAGCCCCACGAGCCAUGGCUGUGCUGGAGUCCCUAAAGGUUGUCAUCACCAACUUCCCUGCUGUCAAGCCCUUGACCGUCCAGGUGCCCAACUUCCCAGCUGAUGAGACCAAAGGCUUCCACCAAGUUCCUUUUGCAUCCACUGUCUUCAUUGAGAGGACUGACUUCAAGGAGGAGCCAGAACCAGGCUAUAAGCGCCUAACCUGGGGCCAGCCCGUGGGCCUGAGACACACAGGCUAUGUCAUUGAGCUGCAGCAUGUUGUCAAGGGUCCCAAUGGCUGUGUGGAGUGCCUAGAGGUCACCUGCAGACGGGCUGAUACUGGAGAGAAGCCCAAGGCCUUUAUUCACUGGGUGUCAGAGCCUCUGAUGUGCGAGAUUCGCCUCUAUGAGCGAUUAUUCCAGCACAAGAAUCCUGAAGAUCCUGCCGAGGUGCCUGGUGGAUUCUUAAGUGAUGUGAACCCGGCAUCACUACAAGUGGUGAAGGCAGCGUUAGUGGACUGCUCUGUGGCCCUGGCAAAGCCUUUCGACAAGUUCCAGUUUGAGCGCCUUGGGUACUUCUCCGUGGAUCCAGAUAGCCGCCAAGGACAGCUUGUCUUCAAUCGAACUGUCACCCUAAAGGAGGACCCAGGAAAGGUGUGAACUUGGAAGCGUUAUGGAUCUACCUCAUCCUGGAGAUUGGGGGUGCCAUCAUCACCCUCUCCUCCAUGUCAAUAAAGAAUAGCUGAAUGCC